AUGCUCCUGCGGCGCGCGUGGGGGACGACGCUGCGUCGUCUUCGGUCGCCUCGUGCUACAACUGCACUGGCGUCGCCGUUCUCUUCGGUGAAGGAUGACGAGCGCCACACGGUGCAAGUGCUGCAUACGAGGCCGCCGACGAGCUACGUGGACGUGGAGCAGGACAUUGCCGCGUUGCAGCGCGACAUCCGCACGGCGUACAACUCUGGAGCGUACCAAGCUGCGCUGGACGCUGGACUGCAAUGCCGAGACCUGGUGAAGACGCACUUUGGAGAGGACCACGCUGUCUAUGCCAGCACUGUGACCAACAUUGCUCUCAUGCACAAGAACAUGGGCCAGCUGGACGAGGCUAUUGAGGCCUAUGAGUUUGCACUGCAGACGUACAAGGCCAGCGUGGGGGAGCAGCACGCGUCGUUUGCCACGACGCUGUACAACCUGGGUCUUGUCUACCGUGCUAUGGCACUGUCAAGCACAGGGCUCGACCGCGUGACUGCACUGCAUCGGGCACUGGACUGUAUCCGAGAGUCGCUCAAGAUUCGCCGGGAGAUUCUGGAGCCAGGGCAUCCAGACAUUGCUCUCAGUUUGAGCAACAUGGGCGUCAUACACUGGCAGAACAAGCAGCCGGACAAGGCGUUUGCAAUGCUGACGGAAGCUGUCGAGAUGUUGGAAAAGAAGACGGGGGCUGAGAGUGUACUCACGGCACUGGCAAAGAACAAUCUUGCGUACGCGAGAAAGGAGGCGCGCGAGUAUGACGACGCUAUCAAGUUGUACGAAGAGGUGCUGAGCGUGCGGAAGCAGGUGCUUGGUUCGGCGCACAAUGAAACGAUCAUGGCGCGUCAUAAUCUGGCAGAGGCGUAUCGUGCGAGCGGAAACGAGGACAAGGCGGUUCAAGUUCAAAACGAGAUUCUGGACCUCUUUGACGCUGAGCUGGGACCCGAGGAAACAAAGUAG